AUGGCUACCUACAAUGUUCAAUCAACAGGAUCCUACAUGCAGGCCAUGGAUCCCAUGCGAGAAAAGCUAAGCAUAAUACAUCUCGAUAAUGAAGAAGAGUCACUUAAAUUGCCAACCAAUUUUAUUGAUGAUGAUAUUCUUGCAGAUUACGAUAAGAUUGACGAAAGCGAUUAUGAUGAAAGUGAUGACAGCGGAGAUAACGAGGCCUUUCAUUAUGAAGAUGACGAUUUAACAAAAUUAUUCUUGAUCAAUGAAAUUAAGGAGGAGUGUAACAGAGUGCAUUUAAAGCACACUGAAGGAGAGGAUGUUGAUGGCGAUACUUUCCAGCUGUUUGAAAAUAUUGUAGACUUGUUACAGAAAGAGGAUGACGACGCAGGUCUCCAAGGAGCUUUAUUUGAUAUUUUGGGCUUUGAGGAACUUGAUUUGAUUACCAAGCUAAUCACAUCAAAGGAAGAAAUCUUGACGCAAAUGAACCAUGAAUUGAUGACAGUAGACCAAAUUAAAGCAAAAGUUGCCGAAAAUGCUAAACGGGCAAGAGAACAACCGCUUGCGAAAGAGCAUUCCGUUACCAAAUAUCCUCAUGUUUUUAUGUCACACAGUGCAGGCAAUACUAUCUCUUUCACAGGUAAAGCAUACACAUUACCUGUGGGUACAGUAAGAGAAUCUUUUGAGAAACAUGAAGAAGUUAUUAUACCCAAAAGCGAAACACGAAAUUCGUUGGCCCCAAAUAUAUUCAUUCCUAUCAAAGAGUUGGAUUUUCUUUGUCAAGGAACCUUUAAAGGAUAUAAAACCUUAAAUCGUAUGCAAUCACUAAUUUAUGAUGUUGGUUACAACACAAAUGAAAAUAUGCUUGUGUGUGCACCUACUGGUGCCGGUAAAACAGAUGUUGCAUUAUUGGCUAUUUUACAUACAAUCAAGCAGUUUGUGUCCGAAAGUGAAACUAGCGACACUGAUACUUUGAAUGUUGAUAUCGAUUACGAUGAAUUCAAAAUUGUAUAUGUUGCUCCUUUAAAGGCUCUUGCUGCAGAAAUUGUUGAGAAAUUUUCCAAAAAAUUGGCAUGGUUAGGGAUACAAGUCAGAGAAUUGACCGGUGAUAUGCAACUAACUAAGGCAGAAAUUAUGACAACCCAAAUCAUUGUAACAACCCCUGAAAAAUGGGAUGUGGUCACUCGUAAAUCUACAGGUGACUCUGAAUUAGUGCAGAAAGUGAAGUUGCUGAUCAUAGAUGAAGUUCAUUUGCUACACGAAGACAGAGGUAGUGUCAUUGAAACACUUGUUGCAAGAACUUUGAGACAAGUUGAAAGUACACAAUCGAUGAUUCGUAUUGUUGGUUUGUCUGCAACUUUACCAAAUUUUGUAGAUGUUGCAGAUUUCUUGGGGGUGAAUAGAAAUGUUGGAAUGUUUUUCUUUGAUCAGUCUUUUAGACCAGUACCAUUAGAACAACAGCUAGUUGGUGUAAGAGGUAAAGCGGGCUCCAAACAGGCGAGGGAAAAUUUAGAGGAAGUAUCUUUCAACAAGGUGAUGGAAAUGAUCAAGUUGGAUCAUCAAAUUAUGGUUUUUGUUCAUUCUCGUAAAGAUACAACUAAAACCGCUAGAAACUACAUGAAAAUGAUAGGAGAACAAAGCUAUGAAAACUAUUUUGAUUGUCGAGAUACAGAGAAAUAUUCUUACUUUGAAAGGGAAAUGGGCAAAAACAGAAAUAAAGAUUCGAGAGAGUUGUUUGUCGGUGGAUUUGGUAUCCAUCAUGCGGGAAUGAGUAGAUCUGACCGAAACCUUACUGAGAAGAUGUUCUUAGCAGGUGUCAUUAAAGUUUUGGUUUGUACUGCCACUUUAGCUUGGGGUGUCAAUUUGCCUGCAGCUGCGGUCAUCAUCAAAGGAACGCAAAUUUACGAUUCAAAGCAAGGUGGUUUUAUUGAUUUAGGUAUCUCCGAUGUGAUCCAAAUUUUUGGUAGAGCCGGUAGACCGCAAUUUGAAGCACAUGGUAUAGGUAUUCUGUGCACAUCUUCUGAUAGGUUAGACCAUUAUAUCUCUCUCUUAUUACAGCAGCAUCCUAUUGAGUCUAAACUUACGGCUAAGCUUGUGGAUAAUUUGAAUGCAGAGAUUUCUUUGGGGACUGUGACUAACGUUGAGGAAGGUGUUCAAUGGUUAGGUUACACUUAUCUUUACGUGCGAAUGAAGCAAAAUCCUUUUGCUUACGGAAUUGAUUGGCAAGAACUAGCACAAGAUCCAUUAUUGGUUCAAAGAAGAAGGAACAUGAUUAUUGAUGCCGCCAGAAAAUUACAUAAAUUACAAAUGAUUGUAUUUGAUGAAAGAUCAUUUGGCCUUAUUCCGAAAGAUAUUGGAAGAAUUUCUUCAGAUUUUUAUUUGUUGAACGAAUCUGUUGAAGUUUUCAAUGAAAUGAUCACUUCACAGGCUUCUGAAGCUGACGUUUUAAGCAUCAUUUCAAUGAGUUCUGAAUUUGAUAAUGUGAAAUUUAGGGACGAUGAAGCGAAAGAGUUGGACGAAUUAAGAGAUGAACGAAUUGUUUGCGAAAUAGGUCCAAAAUUGGAAAGCUCACAAAAGAAAACUAACAUUUUGCUACAGUCUUAUAUUUCACGGGCGUUCGUGAAAGACUCGGCAUUAGCUUCAGAUAUGUCAUAUAUUGCUCAAAAUGCAGCUCGUAUUUGCCGGUCCUUAUUCUUUAUGGGUUUGAACAGAAGGUGGGGUAUCUUUACUCGACACAUGCUUGAAAUAUGCAAAGCUGUUGAUAGACAAAUGUGGCCCUUUCAGCACCCUAUGAAUCAGUUUCAGUUACAGCCUCCAAUUAUCAAGUUAAUUGAAGCCAAAAAGCCGACAAUUGAGCAUUUGAGAGAUAUGGAGUCUGGUGAAUUAGGUGAUCUUGUCCAUAAUAAAUCUAUGGGUCCUAAACUUCACAAAUUAAUAGGACGCUUUCCAUACCUAUUACUGGAUGUUGAAUGUUUUCCUAUAACUACAAAUGUUAUGCGUAUUCAUGUUUCAGUAGAAGCCGAUUUUAUUUGGAAUUUUGAGUACCAUGGUAAUGCUCAAUUUUUCUGGAUUCUAGUUGAAGACAGUGACAAUUCGAAUAUAUUGCACUAUGAAAAAUUUAUCCUUAACAAGAAGUCUUUCAGCUCUCCUCACGAGUUAGAUUUUAUGAUUCCAUUGAGUGAUCCACCUCCGCCACAAAUACUUGUUAGGGCCAUUAAUGAUGUGUGGAUCGGUGCAGAAAACAGUGUUGCUGUCUCGUUUAAGCACUUGAUCAAGCCACACAAUGACACUGUCAAAACGAAGUUACUAAAAUUGCAUCCCUUACCCAUCACAGCCCUCAAUAAUAAAAAUAUUGAAGGUAUUUACAAAAGUAAAUUUUCCUACUUCAAUCCAAUGCAAACGAUGACUUUUCAUACUUUAUACAAUACCAACUCUAGUGUAUUUGUUGGAUCUCCUACAGGUUCUGGAAAAACUGUUGUUGCGGAAUUUGCCAUUUGGCAUGCAUUUAAUGAGUUCCCUGGAUCUAAAGUUGUCUAUAUCGCACCAAUGAAAGCAUUAGUGAGAGAAAGAGUUGAUGAUUGGAGGGCAAGAAUAUGCCAAAACACGAACCACAAAAUUGUCGAGUUAACUGGUGACUCGUUACCUGGUGUUCAAGAGGUUAGAGAAGCAGAUAUCAUUAUUACUACUCCCGAAAAGUUUGAUGGUAUUUCACGUAAUUGGCAAUCUAGAAAGUUUGUUCAACAAGUGUCCUUGUUGAUUAUGGAUGAAAUUCAUUUAUUAGCAAGUGAUAGAGGUCCAAUUUUAGAAAUAAUUGUGAGUAGAAUGAAUUAUAUUUCUUCAUUCACUAAGAAACCCAUAAGGUUAUUAGGUUUGUCUACUGCGGUUUCUAAUGCUAUGGAUAUGGCAAGUUGGUUGGGGGUGAAAGAGGGACUAUUCAAUUUUCCUCAAAGUGUGAGACCAGUUCCGUUGGAGAUGUAUAUUGACGGAUUCCCUGAUAACUUGGCAUUUUGCCCAUUGAUGAAAACGAUGAAUAAGCCAGCAUUUAUGGCAAUCAAACAGCAUUCUCCUUCCAAGCCAGUUUUGAUUUUUGUUGCAUCUCGAAGACAGACAAGAUUAACUGCUCUUGAUAUAAUCCAUUUGUGUGGUAUGGAAGAAAAUCCACGUAGAUUCCUCAAAAUCAAUGAAGAUGAGUUGGCACCAUACAUAAAUAAAGCGAAAGAUGAUACAUUGAAACUAGCGUUACAAUUUGGUAUAGGAUUACAUCAUGCCGGUUUGGUUGAGAGUGAUAGACAAAUAUCGCAUAAGUUGUUUGAACAAAACAAAAUACAAAUCUUGAUUGCAACUUCCACUUUGGCAUGGGGUGUCAAUUUGCCGGCACAUUUAGUAAUUAUAAAAGGUACCCAAUUCUUUGAUGCGAAAAUUGAAGGUUACAAAGAUAUGGACUUGACUGAUAUUCUACAAAUGAUGGGAAGAGCAGGUAGACCAGCUUUUGACACUAAUGGUAUUGCUAUGGUUUUCACCAAAGAAUCUAAAAAGACAUUCUACAAACACUUUUUGAACGUUGGAUUUCCCGUUGAGUCUUCAUUACACAAAGUUAUGGACAAUCACAUUGGUGCUGAAAUCUCUUCGGGAACAAUCAAAACGAGACAAGAGGCGAUGGAUUUUUUAACCUGGACUUUCUUAUAUAGAAGAGCACACCACAAUCCAACAUACUACGGCAUAGAAGAUAUUUCUCAAGAGGGCAUUAGUUCCUAUUUAAGUGGGUUGAUUGAUAAGGUUAUCAAUAAUUUAGUUGAAUCAAAGUGUGUUAUUACUACAGGAGAAAAGCUAGAGUCCACGCCAUUCUUAGAAAUAUCAUCCUACUAUUACUUAUCGCACAAAACCAUUAGAAAUCUUCUUAAUAAAGUUAUUCCGUAUGCAAGUUUUAGACAAUGCUUGAGAUGGUUAUGUGAAGCUUCAGAAUAUGAUGAGUUACCCACUAGACACGGGGAAGAAUUAAUCAAUAUGGAAAUGUCACAAGAGAUGAGAUAUUCUGCCGAUGACUUGGAAGACUAUGAAUUUAUUUGGGAUCCACAUAUCAAGGCAUUCUUGUUGUUGCAGGCAUAUAUGACCAGAAUUGAGCUACCGAUUGCAGAUUAUGCACAGGAUACUGUUUCUGUACUAGAUCAAAGUUUGCGUAUUUUGCAAGCAUAUAUUGAUGCCACGUCUGAGAUGAGGUUCUUAUCUACUACACUGAAUUUCAUCAAGGUCAUGCAAUGUAUAAAGCAGGGGUGUUGGUUUGAUGAUGAUUUUGUUUACGCAUUACCGGGCUUGAAAAUGAAGAAGGCUAGCGAUUCGGAGAAGAACUUUGAUCUUGAUGGUAGUGAAUGGAGAACUGCAGCUGAAAACAGUGAGCUCACCUUGAAGCAAAUAGGUAGCUUUAAGAAGAAGCCGAACGGCAUGAACAAACUUGCUGAUAAGUUGAGAGUCAGUAGAAAUAAGAAAGAGGAAUUUAUCAGGGUUGCUUCUACACUUCCCACAGGAGAAUUUAAGGUUCUUGAGCAAAAUAGUCCCGAAGAGAUUGGGGUGGAGUUGUCACAUGAGAACGCAAUGUUCCGGAAAGACUACAGAAUCUAUGCACCAAAGUUUUCGAAGCCACAAAGAGAAACGUGGUUUGUUAUUUUGUGCGACUUGGCAAAGGACGAAUUGUAUGCCAUCAAAAGAGAGUCGCCUAGAAGAUCAGGAGGUGGUGUUGACAAGGUGCAGAGCAAGCUCAAGGUUGCAGAAGAACUACGUGGAAGAGAGGUUGACGUUCUCAUGGUGAGUGAUUUUACCGAUCUCACCUACCGAGGGAGACAUAAGUUAAAGUGA